AUGGAAGGCAAGAAGAUUCUCUCCCAGAGACUUCACGCUGCAUUGGAUAAGCGUGACCAGGAUAAAAGAUUGAUCAAUCCUCCUGAUCCUUCGACUGUUGCCCAAAUGGUAGACUUUGGGUCAAAUGAUACACUUUCGCUAUCGACAUCGGGAGCAUUGACCAGAUCUUUUCUAGAUCAACUCCAGAACAAUCAAGACUUCAUUCUCGGCAGUACCUCGACUCGCAUUUUUGAAGGCACCACCCAAUAUUUGAAAGAUCUUGAAAGUUAUCUGGCUCGGUUCCACAACGCCGAGUCAGCUUUGUUUUUCAACUCCGGAUUUGAUGCGAAUGUUGCACUUUGGUCAACUAUCACGCAGCCUGGAGACUUUGUCUUGUAUGAUCAGUAUGUGCAUGCAAGCAUACAUGAUGGAAUGAAAAGUGGACGGGCUAAGACUAUCGAGUUUGCACAUAACGACUGCGCUUCUUUUCGUCACUGUUUGGAAAGCCUUCGUGACCAGAAUCCUAGCAUUGCGGAUGGCAGUCGCGUGGUUUUUGUUGCCCUGGAGUCAUUCUAUAGCAUGGAUGGGGAUGAAGUGCCAAUUCAUGAACUUCUUGAUAUUGCCAAGAAUACUCUGGCCAGAAAAAAUUAUAUUUUUUCGGUGGAUGAGGCACAUUCAAAUGGCCUUCUAGGACCGAAUGGCGCCGGAUUCAUUUCCCAUUAUGGACUCGAGAAGGAAAUAGGCCUUCGUGUGCAUACCUUUGGCAAAGCUUUAGGGUCCAAUGGAGCGGUGCUACUGGCUGAACCGACUAUCAAAUUCACUCUCAUCAACUAUGCGCGGAAUAUCAUCUUCUCCACAGCACCCAGCUUUGUUGCAUUAGCUGCUGUCAAAGCUGGCUACGAAAUCUUAGCCAGUGAAGAUGGAGAACAGCGCCGGCGAACCCUCCAAGAAAACAUCCGGCACUUUCAAAAAACUUUCCUCAAUCAUCCUCAGUGGGCGGCAAUCCGAAAAGAAGGAAUUAUUCAUAUCCCCAAUGAGGGUAGUUGGGACUCUGAGUUAUAUCGAGCGCCCAUUAUUCCCUUGGUUACCCGACCCAAUGAGUCAACUAAACUGGCCGGACACAUGCAUCAAUCUAAAUUCUGGGCCAAUCCGGUGAGAUAUCCCAUUGUUCCAAAGGGCUUGGAUCGGGUGCGGAUUUCGAUACAUGUUGAUCAUACGAAAAAGCAGAUUGAAGAUGUGAUUGAUGUCAUCAUGGAAUGGGCAAGUUGCCAAGCCAAACAGGAACCAACCUGCAGUUUGUGA